AUGCAAUCUAGUAGGGGAAAACACAUUGCUAAUCUUGCAAUGGCUAACGAAAAUUCCAAAACGACUAUGAAGGUAGAGGAAACAAUAUUAGACAGUACACCGUCGUCUUCGAAAAAUCCUGUUUUACAAAAUGAUGACUAUGAUUGUUUCUCGUUAAUGAAUCGAACAGCAGCUACAGCAAUAUGGAAUAUACCAAGUACAAGUACCUCGUCUUGUGCUUCAUACAGUAGUGAACAAAGAAGUAUUACAGUCCAAAAUAAAAUAGUAAUACUAUCAGAUGUCAAAAUACAGGAUAGUUUUGAUACAGAGAUAAAAAGUGCUGAUAAGGUACCAUUGAAUCAACCACCAACAGUUAUAGAAGCUGAUCAAGUAGACAAUCUACAAGAGUAUCAACUUGAUGACAACAGCGACGAUGAUAAAGAUUUUAAUCCACUGACUGAAGAGGAAGGCUCUGAUUCUACAGAUGAUAACGAAGUGCAAGAGACAUGCAGGAAAAUAUGUCGAUGGAAUAAAGGAGAUAAGUCGCAGUGGAAGCGUCAUUUAAUAAAAAAACGUAGAAACCUGGGUAAAUUGCAUGUGACAAAAGAAGGAGAAUUCCCACCGAAAACUCCGAAACCUGUAAACUGUUCUCGUUGCAGAUUUCACUGCACAGACAAUUUUAGUGAAGAAGAAAGGAUGCAAUUGUGUUCCACUUCAAGAUUAAAUAUUGCGUCAACAUCAAACAAAUAUUACCAACAAAUUCAUUCACCUUUGGAUUUCCCAGGUAGCGGUGAUAAAGAUUCUGAUGAUUCAAUUUCGGAUCCAGAUUAUUCUACUGAAGAGAUGUGUACUAAGAAGGCAAAAACGUACAUUUUCAGCGACUCAUUGCCAGGAGUAAAUAAUAAAGACCAUGUGGAUGUUUCAUCUUCCAAGAGGUUGGAAUUAAAGCGGUACCAAACGAUAGAUCCAAGUUUAGACUAUAGUUUAUUUCAUUUUAGUGAGAAUUCAAAGCUAAAAGUCACUUUCCAGAAGAUGGCACCCUCUUGGAUGUAUUCAGUGCUCCUUUCAAUGAUGAAAUAUGUGAAAAAACUGUGGAGGUAUCAUAUAUCUAUGCAGUGCAGCUAG